GUGAAUUUUAAAAAUGUUUUCUACUGCCGUUCUGGCGCUAGCACUGUUAAGAGAAGUGCAUGGCCAACAAGACAUUGUAAAACCAAUCCAUUACAAUGUCACUUUGGAUCCGGAUUUCUCCAUGGGUCUUUUCAGCGGUAGUGUGACCAUAGAUUUCUUGGUACAGGCCAACACGACAAACAUCACCGUGCACGCCGAUUCUAUACAGAUUGUCACGGAGAAAGUGGGAAUCGUUAAUUCGUCCGGGCACAAUUUGAAAAUUCCGUCAAUUGAUAGGGAUGAGAAAAAUGGCGUCUACGUGAUACAAACAGAAGAUACCCUAACCGUAGGAAAUCUUUUCAAUUUGACUAUAAAAGAUUACACUGGAAACUUGCGUCAUCAAGAUAAAAUGGGAUUUUGCUUGAAUAGCUAUAUUGACCGUAACGGAAAAGAAAGAAAAAUGGCAAUAGCUCGAUUCAAACCGCAAGGGGCUAGAAGGGCGUUCCCAUGUUUUGACGAACCACACCAAAAGGCGAAGUUUUGCAUCAACAUCAUCCGACCCAGUACUCACCAGGCAAUUUCAAAUCAACCCCUACAGAAUACCAGAUAUUUGGGCGGAGGUCGAUUUCUUGACGAAUUCCAGGAAUCUUUAAAUAUGUCGACCUACUCAGUCGCGUUUGUAAUUACCGACUAUAAAUCGUCGAUGAGUCAUGGGCGACAUAGAAUUUUUGCCGAUCUUAAUAUGGCUAAUGAGAACGUGAACUUGCGUUUGGAAGAAGGGGCCGAUCUUUUGUCUAAACUGGAAGACAACAUUGGAGUGAAAUACCCGCUUUCUAAAAUAGAUUCAAUUGCUCUUCCAGAUCAUGAGGUGAUACGAGGAGAAGUGAACGGUUGGGGCCUACUGAGUUGCAAAAAUUCAAGUCUGGCGUACAACCUGAGCGAUCCUGAGCUCCAAACCAAUGCGUUGGAAAUGUCUCAGAGUUACGCCGAACAAUGGUUUGGUAACCACAUUUCCCCAGUGAGCUGGAACUACACCUGGUUAAAUGAAGGUUUGGUUUACUACUACGGAUAUCUCGGAGCGUCUUUGAUCGGUUGGGAUGCCAUGGAUCGAUACGUUUUGGAUUGCACACAGCACGCCCUCGCACUUGACAGCUCUGGAGAGGUCACAUUAAAUUCCAUAAGUAAUGGUACAGGGUUACAAAAUUACAAAGCUGGUGCCAUCAUGAGAAUGCUUCAGCAUUUCGUGACUAUGGAUGUAUUUCAAAAAGCGGUUAGGCUUUUUUUGCAAACCAACGCAUUCGAAGCCGUAAGCCCACUUGAUCUGUAUAACGCUGUCCAACGGAUUAUCGACAUAGAAAAUUGUCACGAUCUAAUUGGUGAUCACUCAGUCAACACCAUAAUGGCAAGUUGGGAAACGCAGGCAGGUUAUCCUAUUGUUAAUGUGACCAGGAAUUAUUCAAGUAGCAGCUUAACCGUGACACAAGCUAGAUUCUCAUCAAAUUUGAAUGGAUCAUCAGUAGUCGAUAAUCUCUGGUACAUUCCGUUAAGUUACACUGCGGAGACGUACAGUGAUAAACAGUUUUGUACGACCAAGACCGAUGUUUGGAUGUCUCAAAGGAAUAUGACGAUAGAUGGUGUUCCCUCCAAUGGCUGGAUCGUGUUUAAUAAACAACAGACUGGUUUGUACAGAGUAAAUUAUGACUCGGAAAACUGGAGGAGAAUCACUGGGUGCUUGCGCGAACACAAUAUUAGUGAGAUUGACACACUGAACAGAGCCCAAUUAGUGGAUGACGUCUUCAGUCUAGCUCAAGCGGGCCAAUUAAGCUUCGACGUAGCUUUUAACUUAAGCACAUAUAUUAGUAGAGAACACGCAUUUGCACCAAUUGCUUCAUUUUUAAAUAACGUAAUGGCGCUGUACAACAAACUAUCACCAGAAAAUGGUCAUGAGCAGCUUAGGACGUACUUGGGAGAUAUGCUUAAUGGAGAAGCAAUCAGUUGUUUGUCAGAUGAAGAAAAUGUGAACGAUACCUUAUCAGAAAAAUUAAAUCGGGUACAGAUUUUAAAUGCCAUGUGCAUUAUUGGAAAUGAAAAGUGCGAGAGCUACGUCUUUAAAAAGUUCCAACUUUGGAAUCGAAAUCCUGAAAAGCACAGGAUUCCUCCCAACGUGGAACCGGCUACUUUAUGCGGGGGAAUACGCUUUGGCAGUCAAUCGGAGUGGGAUUCGCUGUUCGCGAAAUACAAAACGAGCACAGACGAUAGGCGUAAAAAGCUAUACUUAAACGCGCUUGGUUGCGCGAACAGCAAUAGCACUGUUAAAGGGUUUUUGCAAGAAAUACUGAAGUUCCGAGAUAUUGACUCGAAGGACAAAGUUGACGCAUUUAAAUCGCUAGUCCAAAGCUCUUUGGACGUAACUUUCAUUUUUGAUUUCGUAACUGCAAAUUUUGAUAACGUUAUAGACACGUUUCCAGAUGCCCUUCCAGAAAUUUUAAAAACUCUCGCGAAAAAGCUCUCGACAAAUCAACAUCUUGAACAGAUGGAGAGAUUAAAAAACAGAUUUCCAAGGUGGACUAGUACCGCAUUUGAGGAGCCGCUGCAAAUUGUCAAGGGGAACGUAGAAUUUAACGAGCGAUUUGGUAAAAGUAUCAAAAAUUGGUUUUCUGGUUAUCUUGCCAGUCGAAAGAGUGGAAGUUGUGUGAACGAAUUUAGUGUGACGUUAAAGGUACUUUUGGUAGGCUGGGUUUUUGUAGGUAUAAACAAGUAUUGGAUUUGAAAAUUCGUGUCAGGAUCACUUUUUUAUGAAUAUAGUGCUUUUAUUUUAUUUUCGUAAUAUCAAGUAUCACAAUGUAUGUAAGUUGAAGAGUACAAGGUCAGUUGUGUGUUAUUAAAAUUCAUCCCUAAAAUAAAUAAACUUCUAACAG